CGUCAGAAUUAUUAAACGAUAUCAAUGAAUCUAAAAGUGAUUCGAUUUAUCCGUUUAUCCUAUUCUCUUCCCUUCUCUUCGCGAAUCCCUUUCAAUUCUCCUUAAAUCUCAAUCCCGCUUUCUUUCUUUUUUUCUAGGUCUAAUCUCUAUCUCUUAUCGAGCUUUGUUAGAUGGUGGUCUGUAAACAUGAUAUCAUAAACUAGUUUGAUCAAAGAUUACGUAUCCAAAUUUCCACCAACUUCAAUUGAUGUAAGCACAAUAUAUAAAAUAACCUUAAACAAAUUGUAAAUCUGUGAGUUAGAUUUCAUUUGACUUCAAAACCAUGUAUAUGAGGAAACGGGAAGCUAAUGGCUACUGGGGCCGGCCAAGCCGAAAACUUUGCUUGAUUCCUCCCGGCAAGGAAUCCGACAUAGAUAGAGAAGAAGUGCAACUCACUUCAUCCUCUUCGAAUCCCUCACCUCAGCAAAACCAACCUUCUUAUCAGAUCAUACUACUUCCUCUUCCUCACCUCGAUCGUCGCCGCUAAUUUCUCGAUCCAUUCGAUGAUAGCAAACGUGGAUCUCAUAACGGCGGCGUUGCUCCACGGGGCAUUCAUCGCCGCCGUCCUCACAACGGCAAGCUUCAUCCUCCUCGUCGCACUCUCGCUGGCCUCCUUGGUCGCCCUCUUCUCCAUCCCGAUCGUCGACCUCCACGACGCCGUUUCGUUCCUCUCCGGCCACUACCUCGAGUCCGUCGUUCAGCCCAACAUCCACCUGGCUUCCUUCCUCGCCCUCUACUCCUCGCUCGGGUACGCCAUCGAGCUCCACUCCGCCGCCGCCUCCACUCGUCUCUACCGUCGGCUACGUAGAUUUGUGACUUCGGCGGCGGCUACCGCACCGGCGGAGUCGGUGCGUCGUCUUGUUGGUAUUGUCCAACGGAUCAUCAUGUAGCGCCAUGUAACGUAAUACAUAAUUAGUGUUAGUGUUGUGAUAUAUGAUCCACGAUUGAAUUUCUCUCAACAACUCGAGUUAUUGGAAUCAACUAGUUCAUGACAU